UGCAAAAAAAUUAUUAAUCUGUCUUCUCACUGACCAACCACAGAUAAUAUAACUUUAUUUUUUGUUGAUUGAUUGUUCUAAAAUUUUGGCAUUUCUUGUCAGCCGCGUGUUCCAGUGGUUAAUCUUUUUGGUCGCAAUUUUCCUUGAAAACUAUUAACAGUCAUAAAAUGGCCAUCCACAUCAAAGACUCGGACGACCUCAAGACCAGGCUGGCGGAAGCUGGCGAGAAGUUGGUGGUGAUCGACUUCAUGGCCACCUGGUGCGGGCCCUGCAAGAUGAUCGGGCCCAAGCUUGAGGAGCUGGCCAACGAGCUCGCUGACUCCAUCGUCGUGCUCAAGGUGGACGUGGACGAGUGCGAGGACAUCGCCACGGAGUACAACAUAAACGCGAUGCCGACCUUCGUGUUCGUGAAGUCUUCCAAGAAGAUCGAGGAGUUCUCCGGAGCCAACGUGGACAAACUCAAGAACACCAUACUUAAGCUCAAGUAAAAAAAAAUAUAUAAACAUGCGAGCGGUAUGUACGCUAUACUCCGGCUGUUAUACUGUUCUAUAUUUGACAGACAACAUAUACACUGACAAUACUGUUAAAAGAGAACAUUCAGAUGCUGUAGCUUAGAAGGAUCAGACUUUGUCUAUAAAGGCCCUUUAUUGACAGAGAAACUUAAAUGGGAUUGCUGGGAAUUAAAUAGGUCGCUUAUUAUUGUUUACGUUAGUUCUUUGUCUUUUAUAUCUUAAAAAGGAAUUUAUAAAAAUAAGUAGUCCUAUAAUAAUCAUUAUGCUUAUGUGUGUAUAUGUAAAGUAAGAUUUAACAGGUAAAUUUUACAAAAACUCUUAAAAUUUUGAAUUAACAGAAUAGAUCACUUAAAUAAUCGUAAUUUUCAAUUCUCUACUUAAUGAUAAAAAUAAUUAAGUAGCGAAAUGCGAAUGAUCCGAUGGGUAUUUUUGAAUAAGUUACCUGCAAAUUUUCUAUUAGCUACAAAUUCAUAUACAUGCUUAAGUUAUUUAUACAGGUAUUUGUGUUAUUUUUGACAGUAUUGAUUUAAAAUAAUGAUAUUGAAAAAUUAACUUUCCAACCUAACCAUCUCUUUGGUGCCUCCUUCAUCUAGGUUAUACUGGCGAGUUUAUCUGUGUCCAAUUGGUACAAAUUAAAGCCAUAAAGAAGAAUUGAAUUGAUGUGCAUAUUAUUUGACAGCAAAAUGUUAAAUAAAGAACAGUAUAAAUGACACCGAGCAUAACCGCAGGCGGAUAAACGUGCAUUAAGUGUAUGAACAAAGAACAUUUUUUUAAUGAAAAAAAAAGCAUUUUUAUACUGUAAUGGCCUAAUAUAUAGAACUGUAUGUUUAUUUAUUAUUGAUUUAUACAAAUAUGGAAUUAAUUGUUCGCAAACAAUUUGCAAGAAAUUAUAUUUUUUUCAUGUCUGCAUUUAUCUAAUUAAUUUAUUUCUCUUAUAUAAAGGCACAGACACUGUCUUAUGGAAUAAAUGAAAAAUAAAAUAAUGUUUCUGACAAAUUGUUAAUAAUAAUUUAUUGUACAACAUAAUAAUAAUUAUAUUGUUGGAAAUAAAUAGCCGCGAAGUGUCUUAACAAUCGAGGACUAAAUGGAAAAGAUAGACGGAACAAGAGCUUCAUAAUACUACAAAACGUGUAAUUUUCUUAGUGUACUGCGAUGUUUCGUCAGUAUUAUAAUAUUGAUUGUCACUGGUUUGUUAGUUAUUCUACUAUCAAGAAAUAAUCCUAGUAAGAACCAACAAUAAAAUAUCAACUGUUUACUAUAUUUUCAAAAUUGAACCGUUCUCCUGUCACUGAACAAUUUAAUUUGUGUCUUCUCCAUCUAUGUGAUACUGGCAAGAGUUGUGCACACAAAUGUGAGCUAUAAAGAUGGCCGACAACUUAACAAUUUCAUAUACUCGUAAUAAAACAUUUCGUAAUGUGAUGGUGGCAUAGUUAGGAGCCUUGAAAUUGGCAUAAUUUUUCUGUGUAUGCUCCGUCUAUCAUUUUAAUCUACUCUUCAUAACGGUAAUAUAGUUUUUAAUAUAUUUAGCACGUAGAAUAGACAUUUUGCACAAGUGCUAGCGCGUACAUACCAAAUGUUCGUAAUAUUCCAUUAUGUAUGUUAAAAAAAGUAUUGUUAUUGGAAUAAAAUGUCUUACGUAA